AUGGGCUUGUGGGAGGUCGAGGACUACGGCAAGGUUGCCGACCGGGCGUGCUGGGCGAUGUUUGCCGUCUUGACAGUGGUCGUCUCGCUCCGCGUCUUCACCCGAGUCUAUUACACGAGAGCGAGAGGGGGCGGGCUGGGCAUCGACGACUACAUCACGCUCGGCUGUCUCGUCGUCUUCCUGGUUACCUGCAUCUUCAUCACCAUCGGGUCGCGCCACGGCCUCGGCAGGCACUACACGACGCUGGCGCCCGAGGACGCGACGGAGGCGCUCAAGUGGAACGUCAUCGUCAGCGCCGUGCUGAUCUGGUCCUUCUCGCUGCCCAAGUUCGCCAUGAUCUCGACCCUGCAGCGGAUCCUCAGCCCCGGCACCAAGACCAAGGUCGUCUUCUGGGCGCUCGCCCUCUCCUCGCAGGCCUGCAUCCUGGCCACGUCGGUCUGGUGGUUCAAGCAGUGCGACCCGGUCGAGUACGGAUGGGACCGCACCAUCCCGGGCGGCUCCUGCGCCCCCGUCAGUGUCAUGGCGAACCUGGGCUACUUCACCUCGGCCUACUCGGCCUUCCUCGACGUCUUCUUCGCCCUCUACCCCAUCCCCUUCAUCAUGCGCCUCAACAUGCCGCUCAAGACGCGCAUCGCCGUCGCCGUCGCCCUGGGGCUGAGCGUCCUGGCCUGUGUCGUCUCCAUCUACAAGCUCGCCAUCUUUGGCCAGAUCUUUGAGAUUCUGGCCAAGGAUCCGACCUAUUCGGUACCGUACCUGGACAUCCUCGGCGUGGCAGAGGGGACCAUUCUUAUCGUGUGCGCGUCCCUCCCGACGCUGGGACCGCUAUACAAGGCGGCCAGGGGGCGGAUCAGCAGCGCCACCGGCGGGGGCAGCGGCGGCGGGAGCAGCAGCAAGCAGCUCUCGGGGAGGCAGCUCGGGGGCAGCCAGGCCACGUCGGUCCGGGGCGGUGGCGGUGGCGGCGGCGGCGGCAGCAGGAACCGCGACUGGGACGGCGUCAGGGGCCACAAGCUCGAGUCGGACGCCGAGGAGUCGUCGAGCCUGCACCUCCGCCCCAGCUUCGACGCCAUCCCGCUCGUCACCACCGCCCAGGCCAGAGGCAUGACGGACGAUCCGGAAGGCGGCGGGAUCCACAGGACCUUGGAGGUCUCGGUAUCGUCGGAAACGAAGAGCUAUUGA